CUCUUUUGCUCAAAACAUGUAACAGUGGGAGUUUCUAGAGUAACGAACAUCUGUUGUCAUCAAAUACGAUAGAGCAGCGCUCUAGAAUCUUUGGUUGUCAUCUGUAGCUGGCAGGGGUCGAGAUUUGGAAUUUUCAAGUUAAAAUAACAUUGUAACAAAGGUCGAAAGAAAGGGAAGACGGGGAUAAAUAAUUAUAGCAUAGUAGUUAUGCUAUUUUAUACAUGAUGGACACCAUUUUAGUCGUGUGAGCACUGAGUAAAGGCUACACCAGUUUGAGAUGAUGAAUAGAAUUUUAAAGAAAGAAUUCCUGAUAAAUCACGUGUUUGGCACAGACUGCAACAGCACAGCUAACUCACAUUCACAAAACUGUGAGUCUAAACCGGAACAGAUAUCGUCAGAGAACAAAAAGAAAAAGAAGUCGAGGUAUUUCUCUUUCUUUCUCAGUUUCUUCGUGAAACCUUAUGGCAAUAAUAACAUUUAUACAAAUUUUUCCUAGGGCUCUUGGAAUCAACCUUGUUAAUUGCAAGUAUGAAUGUGUUAGAAAAGCAGCCCUGGCAGUGGGGUUACGUGAGGCUGGGGAGAUGGAGGACUGGAUGGUCUACUGGACUGACUGUUCUGUCUCUAUGGAGCGCAUCAUGGACAUGAAAAGGUAUCAGAGGAUCAACCAUUUCCCUGGCAUGAUUGAGAUCUGCAGGAAGGACCUGUUGGCUCGAAACCUCAACCGCAUGCGACGCCUCUUCCCCAAAGAAUACAACAUCUUCCCAAAAACCUGGUGCUUACCUACAGAUUAUAUUGAGUUCCAAGGAUACUGUCGAAUGUGGAAACACAAGACGAUUAUCUGCAAGCCUGAAAGUGGGUGCCAAGGCAAGGGCAUCUAUAUCACCCGCCAGCCCCAAGGCAUCAGCCCAGAUGAGCACAUUAUCUGCCAGACUUACAUCUCCAAGCCUUUCAUCAUCGAUGAAUACAAAUUUGAUUUACGGCUGUAUGUCCUGGUGACGUCAUGUGAUCCACUCAGGAUAUUUUUGUUCAAAGAAGGACUCGUGCGAUUUGCAACAUCCAAAUACAGGAACCCUCAUAACAACAAUAUAGAUGAUAUGUGCAUGCAUCUCACAAACUAUGCCAUCAACAAACAUAGUGAGCACUUUGAUCAUGAUCUCCAAAAAGGCAGCAAGAGAAAGCUAUCGUGGCUGAGGUCCUGGCUGGAACAGCACUUAUAUGAUACCCAGUCAGUGUGGAACAGCAUAGAGGAUGUGAUUACAAAGACGGUUAUUGUUGCGGAACCUGUCCUCCGACAGAACUACCGCACAGCCUUCCCCAGCCACGUGGGACCCAGCUCCUGCUUCGAGCUCCUGGGCUUUGACAUUCUGCUGGACUGUAAGCUCAAGCCCUGGCUGAUAGAGGUAAACCACUCGCCCAGCUUUAACACAGACUCAGCCCUAGACACAGAGGUGAAGGAGACAUUGCUCAUGGACACCCUGACGCUGCUGAACCUGGGAGCAUGUGACCGCCGCAGAAUUGUGGAAGUAGAGAAGCGCAUGGCCCAAGAACGGCUUCUGCAGAAACACCAGACUUCCUCACUGAGGGAGCUCGUACUAAGUAGUCAGGCAUCAUGGCUGGCCGAGGCGGAAUGGCACGAGGAGCAGCAUCCUGGAGGCUUCUACAGGAUCUAUCCCCGUGGCGACGACUGCAAAUACAGCAAGUUCCUUGACCAGGGAUCCAGCUACUGCCAGGAGACGGUGACCUCUAGAGCACGGGAGGAGUAUGCCAGGCGAAUGGUUCAGAUGCAACAGGACAAAGAGAUGACUACCCAGGGCCGGUCGCCAGGGAAACGGUGGAGCCAUAGCGAGGGCAGGGGUCAACAGGGCGAGUCACUGGGAGAGCAGAGCAGGAAGAGCAAGACUGACCUCAGAGGGAAUGGGAAACACAUGCGGUGGAGCCAUAGCGAGUGCAGGGGUCAGCAGGGCGAGUCACUGGGAGAGCAGAGCAGGAAGAGCAAGACUGACCUCAGAGAGGAUGGGAAAUACAUCCUGAGGCAACCCUCAACUGUGUGGCCAGGCAACUGGGUCUUCGAAGAGAGAGUAAACCAGUCGGGGUCAAGCAGUUGUAUGGCAUGGGACUCAUACGAGACCAGGAUGAUCAUAGAAGAGGAAGAGCUGGCGAGACAGCGUGAUCUGGCACAGAGGGACACUCUCCUGAGGCAGUUGGGCAUGGUCGAUGCCAUCCAGAGUCUCUUACGGCCCAAAACGUAUCACCCCACGCCAGCAAAGACUCACCGCCCAAUCCGCCAAAAAUGGAAGCUACAACUCCGGGAGCCACUUCUUUACACCACCUACAGUUGUCCUGAAGCACAUACAGGGCAGCAAUUCAACUUGCCAAGACUGUGCCAGCAGCAAACAAAACUGGCUACGGGUACCAGGUCGGGUGGGCUCUCCGUGUGUGUGAUCAAACUGGCCCUGCAUGAGAAGCAGGAACACAGACAACCGACAUUGCCACUGAUAACUGGACGCUCUGUAGACCAGUGGCGUUGCAGUCUUAAACUCUCAGCAUCUCAGGAGAGCGAUGAGGACUUAAGUCGAGGACAUAUGACUGAAUCACACAACUCUCUCUCGUUCAGCUCGGUGGAUGAAGAAGUUCUGCUGGAAGCAGAGCACUCGGAAGCCAAAGACCCCAAACCCAAAAGGUUUGACUGACCCGGAUGAAACUCACAGAUGGACACCACAUCUGAUUGCAUAAGCUCUGUAGAAUCCACAGAAUCCAACUAUUUUUGUGGUUAAAAUAUGUUAGCAUUUUCUUUACUCUCUCUCUUUGUGAUUGUGUGUGUGUUUCAAUGAAAUAAAAAAAAAUAAUAGGAAUGAUGGAAAUGUGACAAAUUAGAGCGCAAUUUAAUGACCACUGGUUGUCCAGAAGAAGAUAUUGAGAGAGAGAGAGAGAGAGAGAGAGAGACUUUGACUUUUAAAACCCUUUAUUUAAAACACCAUUUAAACAUCAUCAAAAAGAAACCCUGAAAAAAACAAUCAGUCCAUUUCACCAGUCAAAAACAAGCCUCCCGAAGUCAUUAAAGGUAGCUGUUCAGAAGGUUGCCGUUACCAUCGGAGUCUAGCUGUGCACUCCCGUUAUGCAGGCCAUGCACGAUACUUGGGGACCCAGAGAGGUCAACCAAUCCUGUGUUCCCAGUGUUCCAUGGGCUGCUCAUGGGGUUCACGUGCACAGAAGGUGACAAGACGGUUUUCAGUUCCACCAAGAUAGUUUGACGGCUCCCCCAGAUCGCACUGAUAAUCAAUAGUCUAUCGGAAUGCCCUUUGACCUGUCCAUCACAUCGUCAUGUUACCACUAUAUAAGCCAGACCCACCUCUGUUCAGUGUUGGUAAGAAAAACUUGGAGCAGAGAAGCAUCAGCAGAAGCAGUUUAGUGGACAAUUUGCAGAUCAGAACAUUGUGUCCAUAAGAGAGUGAGUGUUCUGUUGUUAUUUGUGGGAAUUAGCGAGUCUGUUUAAUGUCAAUAGUAGCUAGUAUCCGCUAUUCCAUGUAGUGUUGCAAUUACCCACAUCUGUCUGCUACCUAACUGUCUUUGAGGAUUCUAUGUAUCGACUGUAGAAUCAUACUUCACUAUGUUACUCCUUCCGUUAUCUGAAGAGAGUUACCGUCGGUAAUCUCUGAGCCUAUGUAAUCUCUGGGGAGAGGGGUAUGUAGGCAACAGUGGUAACGGAAUGUUCAAGAUAACAGUUACACUGCAGUACAGUUUUAAAGGCACAGAGCCACAUUCCUAACAACAAUAUUAUUCGGAAUGCAGGCUAGUCAUAUUUGUUAUCCAUCAUACAUCAUGUAUUCAUUUACCUUGGUGUUUAUUCUCAUCAUUGUUUUGUAUUACUGUACAAAAUUGUUCACAGUUCACAUGGUAUAUCACGGUUCACGGGAAUCAUGGCUUUCGAACAUGAUGAACCUAUGUCAUGUUGGGCUCCUGGUGUGUGUGCAUAAAUAAACCUGUUAUUGGGAAUUUGGCAUCCCUCUGUUAUUAACAAUCAACCUGUGGCGGCUGGCACCUAAUGGAAUAGCCCUUGACUUUGGGAUUAAAGCAGACCCCCCUCCAUUACAGUAACUACCCCCCCCCCUUACAUACAAUUUCUUUAAGGAUGGCCAGCUUGGCCUACCCUACCAAGAAUUUGGCCAUCAUAUACCAGUCACGCCCAUCCUGCCUGUACCCACAACUGAACAUAAACACAGUUUUUGUGAACAUUAAACCCAGCUUCAUCAAUACCCUACCCAGUACAGCAAAUAAAGGUGCUAGCCUUGCACACUCACAGAAAAGAUGAUGACCAUAAGGGCAAAUGGGUGACACCCCCCUCACUGAAUCUGGAAACAAGCUUAUUUGUAGCAAUUGUACAAUGUAGCAACCUACACUGAAGGAUCACCUGACCUUUUGGGCAAUGGAGACAUACA